GACAUAAAAAUUUCAUUAAUAUCAAUAUUAUUACUAAUAACUUUACAAAUAUGUAUUAUUAAACGGUGGAUUAUAUGAUUGAACAGAAAUAAUACACUAAUGGUUAAUGUGAUUUGAAUUACUGAAUAAUAGUAGACAUUUUAAAAAUUCUUAAUUGUAUUAUUAUUUCAUGAAUGAAGUAACAUAAUUACUUGAAUAUUUAUUGUAUUAAACGUUCACUGGCUAACAAAAAGUAAACUGAAAUUAUGGAGUGUUUAAAGUCAGUACCUGUUGACAAAUGUUGUUUAGUUGUACAAAUGCCAACAGUUGAAGAAAUGAAACGUGAAGUUGCUAAUAUUACAUGUGAAAUGCAAUCAGUUUAUAUUGACAAUUCAAUUGUGUUACCAUCAUCAGAAUUGCCAACAACCAUUGCAUCACAAGAUACCAUUACUACUACUGCUGCUACUACUGUUGUAAAUAAUUUCAAUCCAAUAAAUUAUCAUACAAUCCAGUUGGAUAAUAAUACAACUACUGAAAUAAAUUCAAUUAAUUCUAAUGUAAAUGAUAAAUCAACUAUGAAUUUUAAGACAAGAAACUAUGAUACAAAAUAUGGUAGCAUAACUCUUCCAUCUGACAAUGAGUAUCGGCAACACAAUUCACCCGAUUCCAGAUGGUCGACAUUGAACAUUGAUGAUGAUUAUCAUAAUGAAGAUGAUAAUAUAGAUGAACAAACUGAUGGAAAUGAUAAAAUUGAUCAAUUUAAAUUAAAUCGUUUUGGUAGUAUGUUGGUAGCCCGAAAAAAAAUGAAUGAAAAUUCUCUUUCUAAAUUUAUUUCACCAUCAAUUAAUAGUAGUUCAAGUUGUCCAAGAGAAGAACAAGUUUCUGAAGAAUUUAUUAUUAAUGGAAAGCGUUACAGACAGGUUUAUCAAAGGCGUAUUGUCUUAGAAAGAAAAACAACAAGAGACGUGUUUUUUCUCCCUGGAAGUAAUACUGAUACAGAAAUUCGACUACCAAGUAAAAAUCAAUAUGAGUACAGAUCUCCGCACUAUGACGAACAAGUAUCAAGUAUGGUUUCAAAUGAACAGUCCACAGCUAAGUCAACUAGUUCACCUAAUGGGCAAGUAAUAAGUCGACCUGGUCUAGAUCUCACAGUCUUACAUACGAAAAAUAACACAAAAAAUGAUGAACCUUGCCUCUCACCAGCAAUUGUUGUAAGGUCUCUUAAUGGUAGUAUGAUUAAUUCUAAGCACACUGAAAUUUCAAGUUGUUCACAAUGUACAACUUCAACUGAAGUAUCAUCCAAAUUAAUUGAUACUAUUAAUCCAAUUGCCUUAACUCAACAAACAGAUAAUAUGGAACAUUUAAAUGCAAAUGUAUCUGAAGUAAAUAGAUCUAGUUCCAGAGCACGAAAAAUAGUCCGCAGUAUAUCGAACUCACUUAAACGUUCUCUAUCUACUGGCAUUCAAAAUACACGAAGUUUAGUUAAAUCAAUACCAGGAAGGUCCAAAGAAACGGAAUCAGCUAAUCAACUCAAUAAAUUACGUACAUCGAUCAAUAAUGAUUUAUUAGUAGACACUUCAAAACAAGACAAAGAGUUUAAAAACAAUCACGAACUCAUUGAGCCAAAAUCGAAGCAAAUAAUGGGUUACAUGUAUAAAUUUGGUGUUUGGGAUGAUCAACAGCCAGUUUUAGAUCCACGUUUACCUGUAUUUUUGAAUUCGUCUAUUGAGAAUAAUUCAAAUUUAAAUGGUACCGUUGUUCCUACUGCACCCGAAUGGCAUCAUGAAGAAGUUGGUUUAGAAAAUAUAGAAAAAUUUCAAGGAGCUUAUGUCCGUGGUCGUACAGUUGCUUGUUUGCAAAGAUUUACACAACAUAGUUCAGCUAGUGGUAAAGCAUUGCAUAGGAGUACUUAUGUACAACAAACAAGACUAGUUCGUCAGCUUAAUCGAAGCGGCGAAAAGAAGAAAGGAGAUACUCUAAGUGGACUAGAUGAAGAUCUCCAAGGUAAAGGGUGUGAACAAGAGGAACAUACCUUUAGCUCGACUCCAAUACAUCUUACUGAUCCAUUUUUAUUUGAUAGUGAACAGUUAACCAAAUAUGAAAUGAAACCAGACGAUAAUAUUCAGUCAACAUCUGCAAAGUUUAUUCAGUGUUCAAAUGAUCGCCUACAAUUGUUACAAUCGAUUUGUCCAUCCGCGGCUGCUGCAACAAUUCUUUUGGGUAAACCUAUACGUGAUCCACACGAUAAUGAUGAUGUCAAACAAAAUAUUUUGACUAAAUCUAAUGACCUUGAUGAGACUCGUGUUCUGGUAACAGCGAACUCAUGGUGCCCAGUGUCAUUAAGAACAAAAGAUCCUGAAUCACAGUUAAUAUUCAAUCCCAUUUAUAAGGAUAAUAAUAGCAAUACUCCUACAAAAAUAAAUACACCAAAACAUUCACCGUCGUCUGUGAGCGUACCAGAACCUACGAUACGCGGUGGAACACUUGAUGGAUUGCUUAUAUAUGCAUUGAAUUUAUUACAGAUGCCUAUACCAACUAGUCAUCCAGAUUAUUUAUUUCCUGAUGUGAUUCGUUUAACUUAUCCAACAUUUACAAGUCCUGAUAAAAUAAUUGAACGUUUAAUCCAAAUCUAUGUUGCAUAUGCUCCUGUUGAACCGGGUUGUCAAAGUAGUGAUUGGAUUGACGCUUUAGCUGCUGCAGAUUAUUUAGUUAGUAUUGCUAAAGAUAUUCAUUCAAAACAAUUGACUGCUUCAUUAAUUCUCAAGCUUAAUCGAUUUGCACGUCUUCUUAUGUAUGAUAAUCAACUAAUUACAAAUGAACAAAUACAUAACGAUAAUCAAAUUUCAGAUGAACCACAUCGUGUUCUUGCUGAUCGAUUACUAGAAAAACUACCAAUUCUAUCAUCAAAACAGAAAUUGACAAAUUAUUCAAACAAAUUAAACAAUAUAAAUAAUGACAGUGUUGAUUACAUUUCGACGAUAAGGAAUCCAACCUUAAAUAAAACUGAGUCAAAUAAUUUAUGGUCAAAACAGCCGUUAGUUAUCAAUAAUACAUUAACUGGACAAAAUAAUACAAAUUUAGAUGGAAUAAACGAUCAUAAUUCUGUACACUAUUCAGCAUUGAUAAAUACAGAUAGUAAAAUGUGCAUUUGUGAACCUCAAGAAGAUGCCAUAGUAAGAGCUCACGAAUUCCUUGAAUGUGAUGCACGAUUAAUUGCAGAAGAAAUAACUCAAAUUGAAGAAGAAAAAUUCGCUCAAAUUGAUUUUCAUGAACUACUAAAUAUUCAACAUUUAGAAAAAGGUGAAGCUCAAACUUUAGGUAAAUGUGUUGAACAUUUCAAUCAAAUGACACGAUGGGCUAAAGGAAUGCUACUUAUCAUAGCGCCAAAAAUAGUUGAAAAGUAUUCUUUAGUAAAUUUACCAAAUCAUCAAAUAAAAAGCGCAAGUGGUAAAUCAUUGUUUGAUAAUUUACGUAGUCGUCAUACAUGUUCUUCUCUUAUUGUUCCAAAUAUUAAAAAUAAAAACAAAUUAAACAAUAAAGAAUAUGAUUCACAAUCUGAUGUAGAAUUAACAAACAAUGUCAAAUCCACAAAUGAAGAUUUUAUAAAAUCAAAUUCAUUAAUACACCAUAAAAGUAUUUUAACAAAGAAAAUUGUUGCUGUCAAUAUUAUGUUACAGAAACUAUGCGAAAUCUUAAAGCAUCUAAAGCAAUUACACAAUUUUAGUUCAUUCCUUGCAUUAUUGUUGGCUAUCCAAGAAUUACCUGAAUGUCUCCUUUCAAAGAAAUCAAAACAAUUGGUUGCUGGUUUUUCAUCCUAUAUGAAACCUCCGAAUUUCGGUGAAUAUCGACGAGACUUAGAAACAUCCGCAUUACCGUGUUUGCCCUAUUUAGGAUUAAUAUUUCAACAACUAAUUCAUCUACAUAUUGGCAAUCCAAUUCACCUGUCAACUUCACCAACAGCAACCUUGUCUAAAAAUGAUAAAAUAGAACAUGAUAUUGAAUCUAUCAGAGAACAUGGUGAUUCUUCCCAUCAAGUGUUUAAACCACUUAAAAUGAUAACUACAUCACUGAAUGCAAAUUCGACUGACAUGAUUAAUGUUUGGAGGUGUUGGAAACACUAUAUGGUACUUGGUUAUUUCAUAAAACGAAAAGAAGGAUCUGUUGAAAACGUUCACCAUUUUCCACAUAAUCCUCAAAUUAAUCGUAUAAUUAAUGGAUUUGAAGAUCAAUUCAAUGACAUAGCAUUAGAUAAAGCCAAAGAACAAUUAAUUAUUAUUCUUCAACGUUCAAAACGAAGUAUUUUAUCAUCAAAAUGAAUCUCAAAAAAAAAUCUGAAAGAAAGAAAAAAGAACCAAAGAAAAGAAAAGGAGAGAAAAAUCAUACUCAGAUAAUGAUCUAUUCAGUAUUCUGUAUUUAUAAAAUGUUUUUUAUCUUUCAUUCUGAAUUGUCAAUCAUUUUGUAUGUAUGUUUUUUUCUUUCUACGAAUAUAAAUAUUGUUGCAAAUAAUUCAUUAAAACCAAUAUUCCUUUUUUUUUAUUCAAUAUGAUCUUUGUACAUAAUUAUUAUAUUUUAAUUGACAGUUGUCUCAGUUACUGAACGAUUGUUUUUGUUCAUCUUCUUCUUCUUCUUCUUCAUCCUCCUCCUUCUCCUCCUAAUCAUCAUCAGCAUCAUCAUGAGGUUAAAUUUUGUUUAUUUUUUUUUCUUCGAUUUCAUUUCUAUUUGUUAUGAUAAUUAAUUCUGGUUGUUUUUCUUGUCUUAUUUUCUUCUCUACUUUUUUUUUGUUUAACAAAAAUUUGUAAACACAGUUGUUGUUUUCUUAAAAUUUAAAAAGUUUACACCUUUUCUUAAAUAUUACCCAUGUAAUGCAAUGAAUAGAUUUCGUCUGUUCAUUCUUUAGUAUUAACAAUCACUGUUUUACGAUGUUUAUAGUAUUCUAUCGUUUAUAACAAAAUUAUAAAUAUAUAUCUUGUGGUAUAUUUAACACCUAUGAGAAAUAUAUUUCUUCAUAUACGGGUACAUCUAAUUUACAUAUUACAUUAGUUUAGUGUUAUUCAGGCUUUUAAGAUAAUGUUUAAUUACAAAAUGAAUUUCAGGCUGUCCAUAUCGAUAAUGAAAUUAUGACAAAUAGAUCGUCUUGCUCCAAGAACUUGGAAUCACCAAAGAAAUCCAUCUGAGUUGUAAAUUUUUUUUUCACCAUUUUAAAGAUAGUAUUAAAAUGAAUUAUAAAAAUAUUUUGACGUUAUCAUGAAGCAAGAAUCAUUAUGAGAAGUAGAAUUAUUUUGGUGUUUUCUAAGAUCACUUUCUCUGUCUCCGACCAUAGAUUUGUAAAUCAAGCUUAAUCGCAUGUUUUAACCACUUAUAAAGAAAAUCUAGUUUAAAAAGCAUCAUUAUUAAGGUG